AUGCUGCGACCUCCUCCUCUGACUGCGCUAUCACAGACGGUGCUAUCUGGCAGCACCACCCUUAUUUUGUGCAAGCUUCCGCUGGUACAAGUUCUUAGCAAUCUUUAUGCACUACAUCCAUGCUCCAUGGCGCCCGAAAGACUCGCUUGCGAUAAAGCGCACGGCUAUUCGUACACGUGUGAUGGCAGCACUGCAGCAAGCUGGAAAGCGUCUAGAUACGCGGCUGUGUGCAAUGCCGCCGUUCCGGCCGGCCUGCGGCUAAAUCUCAGGCUGAGCAGCCGCGUUCUCUUUGUGGUCCUUCUCGCCGGCGUUGUCGCCGUCACUCGCGACAGCAGCACCGCUUUCUUUUUAGACAUUUGGCGCUCCCGCUCUAUUCUUCUCGGGGAUCCCGGAGACCCUGUGGGUGCGGAGAUGGCGGAACCGCCAAGAUACGAGUCAACACGGGGGAGCGCUUCCUAUUCGCGGCAAUUUCCGGGUGACGAUGUCGAGGCGGUGCCAGAGUGGCCGCCAGCGCCGCCAUUGUCGGCGGAAGCGGUGGCAGCGGCCGACGCAAGCGUUGCGCGGUCGACGGAGCGCCGCGACGGCCGAUUUCUUCCCGACAUUGUUGUCUGGACAAAGGGGCCCCUGCACGACCGCCUUGACGCACUCUGCGCGGGCUACGGCAUUGGCGCUCUGCUUUCCGCCGCCAGUGUCGCAACAUCUACAGCAACAGAAGCUCAAGAAGACGCGGAAACCGCGUCUUUCCCCGCUGAUUAUUCCGCCGUCGGCGGGGUGCUUCCGCUUGAACCCGCCUCCGCAAACGCCUUGCAGAACUCCUCCCCGCGCGCGCCCCUGCAGCGCGCCCUCCGCGUGGCCGUGCUGUGGCUUCCCGACCCCGCGCUGCCCCACGCCCGCCCGCACCACCUCCUCGCGCCCCUACCGCCCCUCUCCGCGCUCGCGCUCGAGACCGGUGGCGCGGCGGAGGGCACCGGUGGUCAAGAAGGUCAACGCGGUCAAGAAGGUCAACGCGGUCAAGAAGAUCAACGCGGUCAAGAAGGUCAACGCGGUCAAGAAGAUCAACGCGGUCAAGAAGGUCAACGCGGUGAAGGCGGCGGUGGUGAAGACGAGGGCGCGCCGAGCGGGAGCGAUGCAGAGACGGUGCUGUACCAACGGCCCGGCUGGCUUGACAGCUCUCGCUACACCCCUGCGAGCGUCACUCUACGCAUCCCUCAACCCGCAUCACGGACCAACAACCGCCGGUCGUCCCAACAAGCCUCCCCCUCCCGACCACUCCGCCUCUCUCUCUUCCUCGCCUCCUCUCUCGCACCCCUCCUUCCUAGCCUCUCCUCCCUGGACCAAUCCCAGCUGCACACGUCACUGCACCGCUGCUACAGCCUGUUACAACCGUCCCAGCCAGUGCAGCGGCUCUUAGCCAAGGAGAACAUGACACCGGCGGAGCUGUUUGCGCUGUCGCAGGCGCGCGGACUCAUCCACGCGCAGCAAUCCCCGCAGGCGGACCUCGUGCGCGCGCAGGCGCGCGCGCGCGGAGCUGUUGUGGUGAUGCGCGACGUGAAUGUUGCCCCAGAGAGCGAACCCAUGGCGGACGACGCGGAAGACGGCGAGCAGGGGGGGGAGAGCGCGGGGAAAGGGGAGGAGGGGAGAGGAGCGGGCGCAGAGGGUGGAGUGGGUGCGCGAGAGGCAGCAGGCGGGGAGGGAGGUGAGGGGAGUGAGGGCAUUGUGGAGAGCACAGGGAACGGCUGGGCUGGUGCUGCUGAUGGUGGUGGUGGUAGGGCUGUGACCCGGCGCCUGAGCGCGACGGAUGGUGGUGAAGCUACCAGUGACGGUGGUGGUGCAGGAAGUGCAGAGGCGUGGUUUGAGGCGGAGAGGGCGCUGUGUGAUGCGCCGGCCAUGAAGCCCAUCACGGAGCACCGCGUCGGGCAGCAGCUCAUCGUCGAUGAGUCCCUCGGAGUGUUGUACUGCGCGGUGCCCAAGGCGGCCUGCACGAGCUGGAAGAUGUGGAUGCGCCAGCAGCACCACGAUCCCAACGCCGCCGACCGCGCCUCCGUGCACCGCCCCUACCGCUCGCACCUCCCGGCCGUCUGGUUCGCCAUGUCCGAGCCUGAGGCCAUCCGCGCCGUCACGCGGCGGGACCUGGUGCGGUUUGUGUUUGUGCGCAACCCGCUCUCUCGGCUGGUGUCUGCAUACAUGGAUAAGGUGGUGCAGGGGGAGGGCAUCGGCAUGCGCAUCCGCAUCGGAUGGACCCUGCGCUUCUUCUUCCGCCUGGCAACAGUCAGCCGCCAAACACACCGCCCAUUCGCCCUCUCGGACCUCGCGCACCCCUCGCGCCUCGCCCCCGCGCUCACCCCAUGGGGCGCGCUGCGGCUGAUGCUGGGCGCGGUGGUGAGCUUCAAGGAAUUCGCGCGCCUGGUGGAGGAGGCACGGAGGAUGGACGAUCUGGUUGCCAUGGACAACCACCUUGCGCCGCAGACCUUCCUGUGCGGGCUGAACCACAUCAAGUACGACGUGGUGGGGCGCUUUGAGCACAUGCAGCAGGACGUGCAGACAGUCCUCUCCGCUCUCGGCAAGCCUGCCGUGGCACAGGAAGAGCAAGGCGCGGAGGCGGGCGCAGGCGCGGGCGCAGGCGCAGGUGCGGCGGCGGGGGCGGGGCGAGCAGCAGGCAAGGUGGAGGACCCGUUUGCAGCGGGCAAGGGCGUGCACUUCACCAACUCGUCCAACCGCGUGUUUGCCAUGAUUCAAGACAAGGAGACGUAUUUGCGCGUGAAGCGGAUAUACGCCAUGGACAUGCAGUCCACGCUCAACGAUGUGCACUACGACCCACCGGCAGAUUUGGCGAAGAAGUUUGAAGGUUGA